GUCUCUCACCCAGUCAGUGGCUCGGAUCACAAAUUCUACCUCAUUGGUAAAUCAGAAAUCUUUACCUGAGAGAGAGAAAAUAAAAACCCUAACAGUCUUCGAAAAGUUUUCAUCUUCAGCGCACAGAGAGAGAGAGAGAGAAGAGCGAAACGAAAAUCGGAUCGGGCUUAAGCAGUUCCGAUUAUGGCUUACGCGUCACGUAUCCUCAAUCACUCCAAGAAGUUGAAAGAUGUUUCCACUUUAUUGCGGCGAGAGCAGGCUGCAUCGAUCCGCUAUUUCUCCAGCACUAAUAGGGCUCCUCUGAGCAGAGAAGAUGCUUUCAGUGCCCAUCUUGGCUUUUCACCUGUGGAGAGGAUGACCAAGUGUAGCACUGACAUUGUGUCUAUUUGCUUUUCAAAUACGAGGACAACACUAAGAAGUAGAGUGGGAAGGCCAAGACUUGGAAAUCAUUUUUCAUGUUCGAUGCAAUCAGUUAGAGGAUUCUCAUCCGGUUCAGAUCUGCCUCCUCACCAAGAGAUUGGGAUGCCUUCUCUCUCGCCAACAAUGACUGAGGGUAACAUUGCCAAGUGGUUGAAAAAGGAAGGUGAUAAAGUUGCUCCUGGUGAAGUACUCUGUGAAGUUGAAACUGACAAAGCCACCGUUGAAAUGGAAUGCAUGGAAGAGGGCUUUCUCGCCAAAAUUGUUAAGGCGGAGGGGUCAAAAGAAAUCCAAGUCGGAGAGGUAAUUGCUAUUACAGUCGAAGAUGAAGAGGACAUUGGAAAGUUCAAAGAUUACACCCCAUCGUCUACUGCUGAUGCCUCUCCUCCUAAAGCAGAUGCAGCUCCUCCUAAAACAGAUGCAGCUCCUCCCCCGCCAAAGGAAGAGAAGGCAUCGCCUCCGGAACCGAAGACGUCCAAGCCUGGCCCACCUCCCACCGGAGAUCGUGUUUUUGCUAGCCCUCUUGCAAGAAAGUUGGCUGAAGACAACAAUGUGUCUCUUUCAAGCAUCAAAGGCACAGGUCCUGAAGGACGGAUAGUGAAGGCAGAUAUCGAGGAUUACUUGGCUUCAGGUGGUAAAGAAGCUACUGCGAAGCAAUCUAAGGUCACUGAUUCUAAGGUUCCAGCUUUGGACUAUGUUGACAUCCCUCAUUCCCAGAUACGAAAGGUCACAGCCUCACGUUUGGCAUUCUCCAAGCAAACUAUUCCUCACUAUUACUUAACCGUCGAUGCAUGUGUGGACAAACUUAUGGGUCUGAGGAGUCAGCUCAAUUCAUUCCAAGAGGCUUCUGGUGGGAAACGGAUAUCUGUCAACGAUCUUGUUGUUAAGGCUGCUGCGUUAGCUCUCAGAAAAGUUCCUCAAUGCAAUAGUUCAUGGACUGAUGAUUACAUCCGCCAGUUUAAAAACGUAAACAUCAACGUCGCAGUGCAGACAGAAAAUGGGCUGUAUGUUCCUGUGGUGAAGGACGCAGACAAGAAAGGUCUGUCCACAAUUGGAGAAGAAGUUCGGUUGUUGGCUCAAAAAGCAAAAGAGAACACCUUAAAGCCGGAAGAUUAUGAGGGAGGAACAUUUACAGUGUCUAACUUGGGAGGACCUUUUGGAAUCAAGCAGUUCUGUGCAGUGGUAAAUCCCCCUCAAGCCGCCAUUCUAGCUGUUGGAUCUGCUGAGAAGAGAGUUGUUCCUGGUAACGGUCCAGAUGAAUAUAACUUUGCUUCUUACAUGCCUGUAACACUGAGCUGUGACCAUCGCGUAGUAGAUGGUGCCAUUGGAGCUGAAUGGUUGAAAGCAUUCAAAGGCUACAUCGAGAACCCUGAAUCGAUGUUGCUUUAAGAGAGAGAGAAAAAUCACACAAUGACCAGAACACGUCAAAGCUCAUAGUCAUAGGAGUCUAUGAUCUCUCAUUUCUCUGGUUUAAACACACUGUACCAAUUUAUUUUCUUUGGGUUUUUUUUGUACCAAUAAAUAUGGAGGGUUCUAAUUGAUCAUGGAGGAUGGGUAAACAACCCCAUUGUUUAUUUUGUUAAAUCGAAAUAAUAUUUUGAGUUUUAUGAAUCAAUAAAAG